AUGGCGUUUCAAAGUUUAAUUGCGCUGGUCCUAUGCUUCAUCGCGUCCGCGUUGUUCGGCUCGCAGUUCGUGCCGAUGCGCCGGUUUCAGCCCGGCGAUGGUAAGUGCUCUUGUUGAACUUGUGUGACCAAUUUUUUUUUUAUUUUCCCAGUUUACUGUAACUUGGAAUAUUUACAAAAUUAAAAUGUAUCAUUUCGUCGUUUCUCGUGGCCCUGGUCACUAGAAGGUACUACAAAUCCCACCAAAGGGUCCUACCGCUCUUUACAACAAUCCCAAUGCGAAUAUCACAGCAAAUUUAUCCCGGAAAAAAAUGAUUUUUUAUGGAACCAUAACCCAUUUCACAGGGGAAGUACUCCAAGUGCGACGCUCAUAUUUUGAUGAAACUUGGCACAAACUUAGAAUAUUUUUUUUCUGAGAUAUAUGCGAGAACCCUAGCUCGCGCUUUGCAGGAAUAACCGAGAUUUUUAGAUUGAAAGUCGGCCAAAAUUUAGGACUUUUUGUCGAAUCUCGGCAUGAAAAGUUUCAUGCAUAUUUCUAUCGUAAAGGUUAAUGUUUCUACAAAAAAUCAAAUUUUUCCGCACGAACCUGCCAAAGUUAUGGCCAAAAAGCGUUUUUCUCUCCAACCGCUCUCCACGUUUAGCGUGCUCUCUCGGCGGCAAAAAUCGUUCGAUAUCUCGGCGGCGCCCGCAAAGCGCGAGCUAAAACUUUCAGGAAUUUAUAUUUAGUCCAUACCCGGCGUGUGUGCAAAAUUUAAAGAAAAUCUGAGUGUCGCACUUGGAGUACUUCCCCUGUCAGUAGAAACAUGCAAGGAAACUCUUCAUGCCAAAAUUCACAACAAAGUUCAAAUUUUGGCCAAAUUCCAAUCCAAAAAUCUCUAUGAUUUCUGCGAAGCGUAAUUUACAAUUUCAACAAAAAAUCUCGACGUUUUACAGGCAUGUUUGCACAAUGGAUGAUGUGCAUAGCGAUUUGGUUCGUGGGGUUUGGGAUGUUCAUUUGGACCGGCUAUCAAAACUUCUACCCGCUCGCCAUGCUCGGCGGAAUCGCAUGGGCGAUCGCGAACCUAAUGUCCAUCCCAAUCAUUGGGGCCAUUGGAUUGGGCCAAGCCGUCCUGCUGAACAGUGUCACACAAUGUGUGAUCGCCUUCGGCGUUGGAACUUUUGGCCUGUUGGGGACAAAGGCGCGGCCCGCCGACAUGAUGUGGCUCAGUUUGUUGGGCAUGGUGAUUGUGUUGGCUGGGUAAGGGGAGUUUUUAGGGGGGUUUGAAAAAGCUGUUGAAGAGAUCUUUUUAUAAUGCAGUAAUCUUUUAACCUUUUGUUUCAGUGGUGUUUUGACCUCGUUCGUCAAAGGAAAACCCUCGGAGAUGCUGGACCACAAACCGUUGACCAAUGAAGUUCAUGUAAGUAGAGUCGAAAAAACUAGCAGGGGCUUUGUUAAAUUACAGUGAAGGACCCGAUCCAGUGGAAAAAAACGUGCCAUUUUUGCACCCGGGAAGCAUAAAAAAUGUGGCAAAAUGCUUCCCUCUCCAAGGUGAAAAAACUUCGUCUUGAAGGGCGCGCCCUUUCCCUAAUGAAAAGAGCGGGCGCGCUUUUGAAAUCGUUGAGUAAAACAAAACAAUUGAAAAAGAAAUUUAGGCUGGAAAAGCCGUGACGGACUUGAUCCAGUGGCAAAAAAAGGAUCAUUUUGUAUCCGGGAAGUAUCAAAAAAUGCAGCAAAAUGCCUCCCUCUUCAAGCGAAAAAACUCCGAUUUCAGUGAGGGAAAUGGCGCGUCCUUCAAAACGAAGUUUUUUCACUUGGAAAGGGAAGCAUUUUGCCACAUUUUUGAUAGUUCCCGGAUGCAAACUGAUACAUUUUUUGCCACUGGAUCAGGUGUAAAUUUGCAACCAACCCAAAAACUUUUGUUAACGUUGGACAUAAAAGUAAUUUAACGACCUCCGAAGCCUCCGUCAAAUAUUGAAUAUGACAUCUAGGCAUUGAAUUUCAUGUAAGGAAUGGACAUAGCAAUUACCGGCAUAUCUUUUUUAGCUUGUCUCAAAUUUCGCUAUGGCGCAAUGGAAAAAAUGUUGUGUCGCAGCGAUUUUGUUUGAAAAAUCACAUGCAUUGUGCAGUUCAACUUUUUUUCUUGCCGGAUUAAAAGUCCAUGCACUUUAUGAAAAUGCUAAUAUAAUAGCCUCCGACAAGUGUUUGUAUAUCUGAACUUUGUUGCUAAACGAAAAAAAGUGUCUUUAUUUCAAGGGAAGCCGAGAUAUUCAACGAUCUUUGCGGCCGAGAGAGUUCGCAAAACGCGUAGAGCGGUCAGAGAGAAAAACAUCUUUUGGCCAUAACCUUUUUAGUUUUUGGCGGAAAAAAUUGAUUUUUUGUAGGAAUAUUAUCAUCUACGGUAGAAAUCGGCAUGAAACUUUCAUGUCAAAAUUUGCGAAAAAAGUGUCAUACUUUUUCCAACUUUCGGUAUAGUAAAAAUCUCGGUCAUUUUCGAAAAACGGAAGUUAGGAGUCUCGUUUAUGUCUUGGAAUGAAUUGCUCUAAAUUUGUGCCAAGUUUCAUCAAAAUCUGAGCGUCGCACUUGGCGCAUUUCCCUUGUUAGUUAUUCCUUUAUCACUUUUCAGCCAGAAGACACUCCUCCGAAAUCCAAACCAGCCGUUGUUCAGCGAUUAUCUCUGAGCAUCCCGGACCCCGCUCAUGAGACGAAAUUUUACGCUGUGAACCACAAAAAGAAGAUUAUGUAAGCAAAAUAUUUUUUAAAAUUUUUAUCCCAUUAUACCCUCGAAAAUUUCGAAAAAAACCAAAAAAUCGUAUUUCAGUGCCAUGAUCGCGUCGUUAGUCCAGGGAUGCCUUGCGGCGAUGACUAUUGUCCCCGUUGUCGCCAUUCAAGACCAUCCCAAGACAUUCCACAACGUCGAAGUUGGUGGGAUGCCGUAUGUGUUUUCGAUUUAUUGCGGCAUUUUGUUGACCUCCACACUCUCAAUGCUGAUUUACUCUGCUGUAAAGUGAGUUUAGUAAUUUUUCGAGGCAACGCGGAGUCCUCAUGGAGUGGGCCGGACGUAUUUUAAAAAAAUUUUUAAAAUUAUUGUUUAUGCACUAUGCGAUUUUCAAAAAAACUUUUUUGCACCGUGCAAAUAAAAAAUUUAAUGUUCUUGCACAGUGCAUCAAAGAUUUUGGCAAAAAAUCGCACCGUGCGAUAAAAAAAACAUCUUUUAUUUCAUUGCACAGUGCAAUUUUUUGAUCAAAAAUCCUGCACGGUGCAAAAAGCUUGAAUAUUUUUUCAGCACUGUGCCAUCAAAUUUAUGCUAUGAAUUUUGCACUCAGCGAUGUUUAAUCACACUUUUGUUAUGUGCAAAUCAAGACCGUGAUAAUUUUUUUACUACAUAAUUCAGGUCCGAACAAAAAAUUCACUGCACUGUGCAAGAAAAAAGCGAUUUUUCUUUUGCACUGUGCGAAAAUGAAGCAAACUUUUCUUUCGCACUGUGCAAGAAAAAAGAAAUUUUUUCUUUCGCACUGUGCAAGAAAAAAUAAAUUUUUUGUUUUGAACUGACAAGGGAAGUACCCCAAGUGCGACGCUCAGAUUUUCUUUAAAUUUUGCACACACGUCGGGCAUGGACUAAGUAUCAAUUCCUGAAAGUUUUAGCUCGCGCUUUGCAAGCGCCGCCGAGAUAUUGGACGAUCUUUGCCGCCGAGAGAGCAUGCUAAUCGCGGAGAGCGGUCAGAGAGAAAAACACUUUUUGGCCAUAACUUCGCUAGUUUCGUAAGGAAAAAAAUCAUUUUUUGUGGAAGCAUUACCCAUUACAAUAGGAAUAAGCAUGAAACUUUUCGUGUCGAAGUUCUGCAAAAAGUGUCAAAUUUUCGCCGACUUUCGGACUAAAAAUCUCGGUUGUUUCUGCAAAGCGCGAGCUAAGAUUCUCGCAUAUAUCUUAGAAAAAACUAUUCUAAAUUUGUGCCAAGUUUCAUCGAAAUCUGAGCGUCGCACUUGGGGUACUUCCCCUGUGAGCGAAAAUGAAGAAACUUUUCUUUCGCACUGUGCGAGAACAAAAGAAUUUUUCCUUUUGCACGGUGCGAGAAAAAAGUAAUUUAUCUUUGGCACUGUACAAAAACAAAAAUUUCUUUCGCACUGUGCAAGAAAAAGGAAUUUUUUCCGCACUGUGCAAAAAUAAAAAUUGGCCUAAAAAUUUGCUCUGUGCAAAAAAUAUUUUACCAAAAAAAUCAUAAAUUUUCUCUCAUCCUUCCAUAAACAAUUCCAAAUUUGCAGAAAAAACAAGCCAUACGUGAGCCCUCAACUCAUUCUCCCAUCAAUGCUGACCGGUUUUAUGUGGGGAAUUGCGCAAACCAUGAGUAUUAUAGCCACGGAACGGUUGUCACAAGCGGUUACGGGGCCCAUCACCUCCAUGGUGCCGGGGUGUGUGGCGACGUUGUGGAGUUUGUUGUAUUUCAAGGAGAUUGAAGUGAGUUUAACAUGUGGGAAAAAAUUUCAAAAAAAAAAUCUCCGAACUUUGGCGAUAAAUCGACCACAAAAAAAUUAGUUCUUGUACAGUGACGGAGCUGAUCCAGUGGCAAAAAAGUACCAUUUUGCAUCCGGGAAGUAUCAAAAAAUGUGGCAAAAUGCCUCCCUCUCCAAGUGAAAAAACUCCGUUUUGAAGGACGCGCCAUUUCCCUCACUGAAAUUGGAGUUUUUUCGCUUGAAGAUGGAGGUAUUUUGCUGCAUUUUUUGAUACUUCCCGGAUACAAAAUGAUCCUUUUUUUGCCACUGGAUCAAGUCCGUCACUGUAGGGGUUUUUCCAGCCCAAAAUUCUGUUUCAAUUAUUUUGUCUUACUCAACUUUUCAGCUCGGAAAAAACCUUCGCUACCUCUACGCCGCCAUUACGUGCACGUUGACCGGCGCAAUUCUCAUCGGCCUCAGUAAGUUGGCCUAG